UUGGGAUUUGAAUUUCAAAUGUAUCAAAUCUGCGGCGCUUGGCGCUUCCGUAAUCCGCAGGUGUUAUUUAUUUCGACAAUUUUUGAACAAAUUAUGUUGUUAAGUGUUAUAAUAAUAUAGAAUCUUGAGCUUAUUUAUACUUGUGAUCACAUUACGUUAUACUUACCUAUCUUAAUAUCUUUAUUUAGUUAGGCCUAUAACGAACAAAUGAAGAAUCCAACCAUGACAGAAAAAGGAGUCAGUUUAGUAUACGAAUACGAUGAUCUAAUUCGAUGCUACGAAGUAUUGUUAGAAAACAACUUAAUCAAAGAAUUUCUCAACUACACGAAACACCAAGAAACACUGCGAUUAAAAACCAUCGAAAGUUCCAACGAAUGCAAACGUCUAAAAAUCUGCCUAGAUGCGGCCCACAAAGACAUCACAACAUUAAAUUCCAAGCUAACAGCGGCUCGCAAAUGGUUAGAUUCCGAACGAUUGCAACGUAAACAAGUCGAAAGCGAACGUGAUUCUUUGGCUAAUACAUUAGAAGAGCUACGUCGCUUAUUAUUAAACGACCAGCGUCAUAAAAUACCCGACGAAACGAGGGAGAAAAUAUCAUCGAUUAGUAGAUCGAUUCAAAACUCUCUGAGUACUUAUCGAACACCGUAUUACGAUCGUUUAAACACCAUUAACGAAUUCGAUUCAUCUUCCGUUUCGGAAGUUAGUAUUUCAAGAUCGGAAGAUGAUCUCGAUGACACGAUUCCUCGCACGAAUCGUAAACAUAGGCCUUCGUAUUUGGACGAAGAACCCGUCACUUUGAAAAAAAAGAAAUCCGCUGUGUUUCCCAUCACUCCCACCGCUCCUAGAGCCGAAUCACUCGAGUCUUUGGAAUCCGAUCCGAGGGAAGAAGUUAAGGAAAAUUUACGUACUCCGUUUCUCAAUCGGUUGAAUUCCAGAGCUCAUAAUUUCUUCAGCGUUAACUCCUACUUGAGUGCUGAGAGCUGUUUAGGUUGCGAGAAACCAAUUCGACGAUUUAAAGGGUUCUUGAAGUGUAACGAUUGUAAUGCUGUGGCACAUCAGGAAUGCCGCGAUAAAGUACCAUUACCUUGUGUACCGAUGGGCACUCCGACUAAGCCAGGAGUUCUUAGAACGAUCGCUGAUUGUGCUCCAUCUGUACCUCCGAUGGUACCAGCUAUCGUUAUUCAUUGUGUAAAUGAAGUCGAACAGAGGGGUUUGAGCGAAGUUGGAAUUUACAGAAUACCCGGUAAUGCUAAAGAAGUACAACAACUCAGAGAGAAAUUUUCUAAAAGCAAAGGAGCUCCGAGCUUAGUCAAAGAAGACAUCAACGCUGUAUGCUGUUGCCUAAAAGAUUUUCUAAAUCAUCUCGACGAUAAACUGAUCCCAAAAUCAAAAUGGGAAAAUUUCGCCGAAGCUAUUUCCACCCCAGACGAAGCUACUAAAAUCAACAAACUAUAUCAAGCUCUUUCCACUCUUCCUCAAGCCAACCGGGAUACGCUGGCUUUUCUAAUUCUGCAUUUACAACGAGUAGCUUGCUCGACCGAAUGUAAAAUGCCUAUAUCGAAUUUGGCUAAUGUGUUUGCUCCCACAAUAGUAGGUCGUCCCGAUUUAGAUUACGAAAAGCCAGAACUCGCCUUUACCCAGAAUCAAAUCAGCAUCACAGUAAUGGAACAGUUGCUCCAGUUGCCAGCUGAAUAUUGGAGGAAUUUCAUCAAAGAACCGCCUCCUGGGGUGUUUAAGACACCAUCAACAUUACGUAAUACUCCUUCUACGGAGAGUUUGAUGAGGAAAACAUCGCGUAAAUUUUUACAUACUCCGCGUAGUGGUAAGAAAUUCUUCGGUACGCCGCCUAGUAUUAGAAAUCAUGACAAAUAAAAGUGUAGGCUUAUAAAGUACAUUUAUAAAUGUAUUAUGAGAAGGAUAAUCAUUUUAUUUAUAAGGAUAUUUAUCACGUUCAGUUUGAUACUGGAAUUUUAUUUUUUAUUUAUUCUGUUUCUCUCUAGAUUUUCUAUCUCACGAGUAAUUUUCUACUUACAAUUUUUUUAAAUCUCGAUUUUAAUUUAUUAUUAAUUUAUUAACAUUGUAUAGAUCUGGAAUCUAAUCUCAAAAUACAGUAUUCAAGUAUUUUAAUCUAUAUUCGGUUUCCUUUUCUGUUCGAUUUCUUUUCAAGGGAAGCAGUUCAAUUGGUACAAACAAUUUUGAAUUAGAUAAAAGGGAAUCGAAAAAAAAACUCAAAAUAUACCACCAGCCAAAAUUUCAGCUGUUACAGUUCAUUUUUCGAUUUUUGGUGAAUUUUUGAAAAUUCAAUGGGCCAAACAUGGAGAAAAAAAAUCAAAAUUUCAACGAAUUGACCUAGAAAGCUGAAGUUUGGUUUAUAUGCCUUCAAUUGGUGGCGGUUUUAAACCGUUCUGGAGCCUCCAGCACGUUUUAGAAUUCUCCAUCUUCAUUUUCACUCUACUAAAAGCGUUUUAUUGAUAACUGAAAAAGCCUGAAAUUCGUUAGAGGCUCCAGAAUGGUUCGAAGCAACCAUCAAUCGACCGGAGGGGGGGUGGUAGGGGGUUAAAAAUAGAGUUUGAACCAAAUUUCAGUUCUUUUUAGUUCACGUGUUGGUAAACGAUUUUUUUCAUUUUUUUUUUCGAAAAUAAUCACCGGAAACAUUUUUGAUUUGAACCAGCACAGAAAAAUUUUGAAAAUAUGUCCUUAAAUCGAUCGAAAGGAUCCUAAUGAUGAUAAAUCCGAGUUAAUGAGUGCUGAAUUUUAUUUUCACCAUACUUACAGCG